GGUGGGGCUGUACGUUAUGCUUCGCCCAUUCAAGUCAUUAUUACCACGAAAGCCAUCAAUUUUGGAGUGACAGAGCUGUGAUAACCCUCAAGAUGGAAAGUCCACACGAGCAUCAGCAGAACCUCCUGCUGUCGCGCAUUAUCACCAAUGUUGAGAAACUGAACGAGUCCAUUCUUGUCAUGAACAAGACCCUUCAAGACAUCAACAUUCAGAACAUGAACAUUGAGCUGGUAGCCCAAAUGUUCAAGAAUUACCAGUCCAAUGUCCUUUUCCAUCUCGAGGCUACGGACAACUUGAAAGAUCCGGCGUGA